UACCAUUCAAACCAAGCAUAGCCUUCCUUGCUUGGAAGACCACCAACUGAACUGCCCUACCUGGAGUAAUGCCGGCACCAGAACUCCACAUCCGGCCGAACCCAAACCCAAUCCACACAGUUUUUUGUCAGCAACACGCUCUGCACACAAUUCAGUUCUAUCUUCUCUCUCUCUCUCUGCGUGUUUAGUAGCAGAGUAGCAGAACCUUGGGGUUUCUCCAUUAAUGGCGGACAUCAAAGAACGCCUUCUUCCGCCGAGGCCCGCUUCGUUUACAAUUCUCACCGGAAGACCUUCUUUGUCUGUAAAUACAAAAGAAUCGUCUUCUCGGCCCUCAGUCUCUGGUCGUACGCUUUUGCAGGGAUUGGAUUACUUGGGCUUGAAGAAGCGUGGACAAGGUCUCAGGUCAUGGAUUCGUAUCGACACUUCUGGGAGUUCUCAGAUAAUCGAGGUCGACAAGUUCACUAUAAUGCGCCGCUGUGAUCUCCCUGCGCGUGACCUUCGAUUGCUCGACCCACUCUUCGUAUACCCAUCUACGAUUCUCGGAAGAGAGAAGGCGAUAGUUGUGAAUCUCGAGCAGAUUCGAUGUAUAAUUACGGCCAAUGAAGUAUUACUCUUGAAUUCGCUAGAUAGUUCUGUGUUGCGGUAUGUUACGGAGCUUCAGCGGCGUUUAAAGACGCCUGCGGUGGGAGAGGUUUGGCAAUCUGAUGGGUUUGAUUUGAAUCGUAGUAAUAGUGGAAGUAGGAAUUGCGAUAAGGUGUUUGGGAAUAUGUCGCCGGAUAACCUGCCCUUCGAAUUUAGGGCACUUGAAGUUGCUCUGGAAGCUGCUUGUACCUUUCUUGAUGCUCAGGCUGCAGAGUUAGAAAUAGAAGCAUAUCCUUUGUUAGAUGAACUGACUUCAAAGAUCAGUACAAAUAUAUUGGAAAGUGUACGUCGCCUGAAGAGUAGACUUGUUGCUUUAACGCGGAGAGUUCAGAAGGUUAGGGAUGAGAUAGAGCAGUUAAUGGAUGAUGAUGGGGAUAUGGCUGAAAUGUAUUUAACUGAGAAGAACAGGAGAAUGGAGUCAUCAUCCUAUAGUGAUCAGUCCUUGAUGGGACACAGCUCAAGGGGGGGUGCACUUUCAGUUUCUGCUCCAGUUUCUCCUGUCUCUUCACCUCCUGAUGGCAGGAAGCUUGAGAGGAGCUUGAGCAGCACAAGAAGCAGGCAUGAGAGCAUGAGGAGUUCAGACAGCACCACUGGAAACAUAGAAGAGCUGGAGAUGUUGUUAGAGGCAUACUUUGUGGUCAUUGAUAAUACCCUCAACAAGCUGACAUCUCUGAAGGAGUACAUAGAUGAUACAGAGGACUUCAUCAACAUUCAGUUGGAUAACGUCCGGAACCAGCUGAUCCAAUUUGAUUUGUUGCUUACAACUGCAACAUUUGUGGUUGCAAUCUGUGGUGUGGUAGCAGGGGUCUUUGGUAUGAACACUCCGAUUCCAUUGUAUGAAGAUGAUGAAUCAUACAAGUGGGUUCUUUCACUCACUGGAAUAAGUGCGUUUACUAUAUUCUGCUCAUUGUUAUUGUUCUUCAAGUCCAGAAGACUCCUUCCCUAGUAGGUUUGAGAAAAGAAGAAAUUUGGAAAAUUGGAGUUGUAGUUUUUAUGCUCUUCGUAAAUAAUAAA